AUGGCAAGCGAUCCACAAACGGUCCCUUUGGACAACACCUUCCUCGAGACUGUCACGUACCAAGGCAGAGAAUAUCAGCGAUACGCUGUCGACAAUGGAGCAUAUUUUGCGCCGAUGGACGAGGUAAGGAAUACCUCGGGCCCCGUGACAGCUUUCCUUCUCCGCCUAACAUUUCCGACUGGAUUGCAGGACGAAGUCGAACGAUUACAAAUAAUGCAUGUCGUUCUCUCAGUAGUGUUCGAAAACCAGCUUCUUUUCCCGCCAAUAACCAGACCCAGACGGAUUCUCGAAUGCGGGUUUGGAUCCGGAGACUGGGCAAUCGAAGUCGCACAACGGCAUCCAAGCUGCGAGGUGGUAGCCAUCGAUAUUUGCCCGCACAUCUGGCCAGACGAGACCGAAACGCCGACGAAUUUGAAUCUUCAGGUUGAUGAUUUGAAUGGAAGAUUUACAUUCCCGUCAAACCACUUCGACCUCGUGCACAGCCAAAUGAUGGCGGGCGGUAUUCACUCGAAUCGAUGGAGAGACUACAUCGGAGAUAUGUUUCGCGUAACUCGACCCGGUGGUUGGUGCCAAAUGGUGGAGAUAUACUUCAACGCGCAAUCGGAUAACGGGACGUUGACUCAAAUUCUGCUGCCAGAUCACGCCUUGCGCAGGUGGUCGAGACGAUACCUGGACAGUAUGCAACCGUACAAAGACCCUCGAGCGCCGCUUCAUUUACAGAGUUGGAUGCAAAGCGCAGGAUUCGACUCGGUGGAAACCCAGAUGAUUCCUCUCCCGACCUGUGGGUGGUCCAAUGGUAAGGAAAUUGCAGAGGCAGAGUACCUGCUCCUGGGGCUUAUUGGUGAUUCAGAUCCACGGCAGCACCACAUUGGCGUGGUCAAUAGAGAAAAUGUCAGGAGGAUGCUCUCCUCUCUGGCCAUGUAUCCCAUGACAGAAUUCCGAGGGAUGACUUCGCAGGAGUUCCAGGUGCUGGUGGCCCAAGCAAGGAGUGAGGCCGAUAACCCGGCAUUCAGGGACGGAAACCUCGUCGAUGAGGCAUAUCAGGACGCCAGACGAAGAGGUUGCUUGUUUGUAGGCGCAUUCGGGACGUUCGGACAUGCGUAA